AUGACCUUUUUUGGUGGUAAUGCCUUCCGCGAAGUCGAUUGGAAUCCCACCUUCAAGGUUCAAGGUCAGCUUUACCAUCGGAUUGGGUCUCUUUUGCCUGAAACUGCCACUGAUUCGGCCUUUCUACAAAUAUACUUCAUAGCCGACUACAAUCAACAGGUAGAUGCUCGCAUGGGCAUUAUUCCCGAGAACGAUACAGGCCAGGACAAUCAUCCUCGCAGGGAUAUCAUAAUGACUCCCCAACAAAUGCUCCACGACACAAACAGCUAUGUCCGCAGUUUUAAGUACGCUCCCAAAAGUAACACUUCUUCUGAUUACAUUAUUGCAAUUGAUGCUGACAAACAACCUCAGGGAGAGCACGAACGUCGUCACAACGUUCCCGCAAGUAACAAAGUUUCCGUCAUUGUCAGCGGUGAUCAGCACAACAGACGUGACAUUGUUAUCAAAUCGCGCGGCAGUGGGCUCCGAAGAAUCAGUGAAACGCACCGGUCCUACGAUGCACUACAAUACCGACUUCUCUUCCCUUACAGAGAAAAUGGGUGCCUCUUUGGCAUUCUGCAAAAUGGAUCCACCUUAAAAACAGUGUCUUGCAGGUCUUUCUACGCCUACCUAUUGAUGGUACAUGAGGGUGCAUCCAAUCAUCUUCACCGAAGCCGGCAACUUUUCCAUCAAUUCAUAGUAGACAUGGCUGGUAAGAUGGAAUCCGAAUUACCUUAG